AUGACGGAAAGAGGUGACAAUGAUCCGGUGCCGACAGUCACCGAACAAAUGAAAGAGGUAAUUGCCGAAGAAGUGGGGAAGGCAAUUGAGGGUAGUCUAUCCGGUUUCAUUGACAAAAUUCAAAAUACAGUGCUAUCGUUAGUUGAAGAACGAGUUAAAAGGUUGGAAGAUAAUGUCAACCUUAUGAAAGAAAAAUCCGGAGAACGUAAGGGUUGUUCAUACAAGGAGUUUAUGGUGUGUAAACCGCCAAUUUACAACGGGGAGGUUGACCCGAUAAUAUGCCAAAGAUGGCUAAGUGAUGUUGAAGGGGUAUUUGAGAGGACCCACUGUGACGUGAGCGAUUUUGUGGCUUACGGAAUAGGUCAGUUGAGGGGUCAAGCCAAAGACCGGUGGGAUAACAAAAAGAAAGAGAUUGGAGCCGAAGCGGCAAGGGCCAUGACAUGGGACGAAUUGAAAGUACCAUUCCUUAAACAUCACAGUCCCAAGGCUGUCAUCAACAGAAUUAAGGAAGAGUUCAUACAGUUGAGGCAAAGGGGUGAAACAAUUUAUAAAAUCACGGGCAUUUUCAUGGAUAAGUUGAGAUUCUGUGACGAGUUAGUGACUACUGAGGAGCAGAAGAUAUAUUAUUAUUACAAUAUGUUGAGCGCUGAAUAUAAGGAGUUUAUGACUCCCUCGAAGUACGAAACCCUCACGGAAAUUAAUAACACCGCCCGAGAGCGGGAGAUUAAAUUGAAGAAACAGAUAGAGAGGGGCGAACGAAGGGCGCAGUAUGUGAAUCCAAGCCCUGCAAAGAAGGUGAAAACAUCAGAAUCGAUGCGAAAGACGGAUGUGAAAGGUGGGUCGCCAAGUUGUAAAGUUUGUGGGAAGGGGCACAAGGGCGAGUGCCGCUUCAAGGACAAACCUUGUCCCAUAUGUGGGAAGACGGGGCACACGGCAUCACUAUGCCCGGGUAAAGUUUCCGUUUGCUAUAAGUGCUAUCUGCCGGGUCACAAAAAGUCUGAAUGCCCGGAGUUGGUCGGGAAAAAGAACGCGAAGGAUGUUCAAGUGGAGACCCAAAAGGCAAAGGCUAGGUCCUUCCAAUUAACUGCGACUGAAGCAAAGACAGAACCCGAUGUGGUUUCAGGUAUAUUCGCAAUAAACUCGAUCCCUGCACAUGUAUUAUUUGAUACGGGUGUGAAUAAGUCCUUUAUUUCACAUGGAUUUAUUCGACAUCCUUCAUUUGUCUUGACAAAAUUAUAUGUGCCCCUAGAAGUUGAAAUAGGAGAUAAUAAGAGUUUCAUAGUGUGUGACGUUUGUCAAGGCUGUAAAUUGAGUAUCGACGAUGAGGAAUACUCAAUAGAUUUAAUCCCAAUGUCGAUGGGAGAGUUUCACGUGGUUGUUGGGAUGGAUUGGCUAUCCCGACACCACGCGAAAGUCGUGUGUUUCCGUAAAGAGAUAAAACUAACAUCUCCGAGCGGAAAACACGUUACAAUCUAUGGCGAGAAAGGAGGCAAUCCUGUGUUUUGCUCGAUGUCGAAAGCUCACAAGCUCAUAAGGCACGAAUGUAGAGCGUUUAUGAUAUACGUGAAUGAAUCGGGGAAAGAACUACCAACGAUUGGAGAUGCACCGGUGGUACAUGAUUUCAAAGAUGUGUUUCCGGAAGACUUACCGAGAAUACCGCUUAAACGGGAAGUAGAUUACGACGGAUUGACUUUGAGGCUACAACUAGCAAAAACAAAGCUAUGGAAGGUAUGGCAUACUUACAGAGAUUUGUUGGAAGAUUUAGAACAAGAGAAGAACGCUUGGGAGCUUUAG